AUGAAAGUUUUAAUCUUAUUUUUAGUAGCAAAAACCUGCUUUUGUCUUGAAGUGGUAAACAAUGUAAAUUCGAUUAUUGAAAAACAGAAUGAUUGUGCCUGUGUUUUUUAUUAUCAAUGCGACAAAGAAGGGUUUAUUAUCACAAAUGGAAUUGGUUUAGUUGAGCCCAGAUUUUCAACAAGUAGCAAAUCUGAUCAAGCGAUAACUUGUUCUGGAAGCAGAUUCGAAAAUGAAAUAAUUUGUUGCAAAUUCAAGCCUGAAGAAGCAGUAAAGUUGCCAACAACAAAUAACACAAAAAAAAUAAAACUAUUACAAUGUGGAAAACCGCGUCCCACAAUAAACAUAAGAAUUUCCGCCGCUGACGAAAACGAAUUUCCCCUAGACGGCGAAUUCCCUUGGAUUGCAGCCAUUUACAAAAAACAUUCAAAUAACCAUUGGAAAUACCACAAAAUCGGAUCUCUGAUUCAUCCAAGAGUGGUUUUGACUGGUGCUCAUGUAGUUGCAAGCUCGAAACCAAAAGACCUCAAAGUGAUAGUCAAUGGCAAAAUAGAGCUGCAACAAAUAGGAUUCAAUACAAUCCAAGAAAGAAACUUGACUAGGAUAAUAAAACAUCCAAAAUUUUCAUCCGGGACGCUCUACAAUGAUGUGGCUUUGCUUAUUUUAGAAAAAGAAUAUGGUUCUAUGACUCCACUUAUCAACACAAUUUGUCUGAAUCCUGAUAUUUCUUUUGAGAAUAAACGGUGUCUUGUUGCUGGAUGGGGUAAAAUAUCUCAAACAAGCUCAAAAAUAUCAAAUGUUUUAAGAAAAGUGGAACUCCCAACUCAUUCUCCUGAAAAAUGCCAAGAGAUGUUACGAAAAACUAGACUGGGCCCCCGAUACCAUUUUCACGAAUCUUUUAUGUGCGCAGGAGGAGAAGAAGGAAAAGAUUCUUGUAAAGGUGACGGCGGAGGUGCUCUGGUAUGUCCUACAGGAAUAAACGAUACCAUGUACCAAGUAGGAAUAGUAGCUUUUGGUAUAAAUUGCGGCCAAAAGAACGUUCCAGGAGUAUACGCAAAUGUGGGGAAAUUUUAUGUUUGGAUCGUGGAAACUUUGAAACCAUUUGAAAUUAGUCUUUAA